AGUAUAUCUGGAAAUAGCAAUUCUGAGUGACUAAACCAUGCCGUUUUGGCGUUUCACCCGGGUUCAUAACCGGUGCUUCUGCUAGUGCCAGCUUAAUUAACCCACUUCUCUCCUCCUCCUCCUCCUCUCCUCUCUCUCUCUCUCUCUCUCUCUCUAUACAUAUAUAUGGAAACACGGAGGUGAGGACAAAGCACCAUUUGUCUCUCAUCAACCUCUGAAAUCCCCAAGCUCUGUUCAAAAUCAAACUCACCUCUCUGUCUCUUUCUCUCUGAGAGGAACAGUCCAGACUUCAAUGGCUGCUCCACUUCCGUUCUUCCUCUUGGAGCAAAACCAAGGAACCUCCAAAAUCCACACUGAAUCAGGUUCUUCCAAACCCGAACCCACAAGUAACCGGGGCAGAAAACCAAGCAAAGGUCCACCAGCUUGCAAGAAACAGCCCCAAAGAGGUAUGGGUAUAGCUAAGCUAGAGAACCUCAGGUCCCAAGAACGAUUGAAGCAAAUGAAGGAAACACAACUCGAGUCUUUUAAUUUUCAACCCGCUCAGUCUCUUGUGCCUGAUCCGAUUCAUAGUGUUCCGAUUCAGUUUGGCCCAGUAAGCUAUGGCGUACCCAUGUUUAAUGGUGGCAGUUUUUUGGGUCUUGACCAGGGUUUACUGGUUAAACGGAUGGAGAAUGGUGCGCUUGCUGAGUUGAAAGGUAAUCCUAGUUCGGGUCAGUUUUUGGUGAAUCCCUACGUUUUUGGAGCUCCAGAUACGAGAGUCUGCGGUGGCACUACUGCUGCUGUGUUUGGGACCUCGAAAGAGCUCUCUUCAAUGCCAAAGCUGAUGCAGCAUCAUGAGCACGCUCCCUCUCAUGUCUGCUUUAAGAAGAAGAGAUUCAUUAUUGGGGAGAAUAUUGGAUACAACAAUGGAGCAAGAGAAAAGUUUGGAGAGAUAUCAUCAACAAACAAUGGUUCUGAUUCCCUGGGAUUGAAUCUUGAAAAUCACAUCGACUUUAAUGAUCAACUGGGAGGAUUCAGUAAUAGAGCUGCAAGAAGUGCCUUCCAUGCCAAUCACAAUCUAAGCGAUGGUGUAGAGGUAGUGGCAAUCCACAGGAAGGGAAACCAAACUGGUGGAAGUGUGUUGAUGGAAUAUGAGUUUUUCCCGGAAAAAAAGAGUGGGAAAAGCAGCACAUGUUUCAAGGAAAUGGAAUUUCCUGCAGAAGCUUCUGUUGCAUUAGUGGGAAGUGGUGAAGCUUCCUGCGUUACAACUUCUGAUUACAGUGGCUACAGUGCAUCUAAUGCUGCUUCUAAUUCUGUUGAUUUGUCCCUCAAGCUUUCAUAUUAGAGGCAAAGAGUAAUGUCUAUUUUGGUUUUGAUGCUUUUGGGUAUCUGUGUGUGUAAGAUUACCCAUACCCUAUAAACCCAAAAAAUUUAUCUUCCAUUUCGUUCUUGGACUGAUACACCUACCAAAGGAAUGCCCUAUAUAUGCUCUCUCUCUUCAAGAUUGUCAGAACUGCUUAGCUUUUAUAUGAUCUGACCAUUGUUCCACUUAUAAUCUA